ACUACACAAACCCUGUAGCCACCCGCAACCUCACAAACUUGCAAAACAUGCCCCACAUAACACGCAUGAGCCUACAAGCCCGCACCGGCCUUGACAACACAGGCUUCGAAGAACUCUGGACAACAGUUCACGCGGCGCUUCUCUGUCGAGAGAAUCGCAUCGGCCUUGCGGGACCAACCAUUGGAGGAGGUCCGUUCGAAGAGUGGGUCACCACUAGUCUCGAGAACUGGGCGGGCGAGAUGUAUUGGGGUGCUGAGGGGAAGGGGAUAGUGAAGAAGAAGCCAGUCUGGGAGCAUGGUGGAGGCGAGGAUCGUAAAGAGAUUCAAGAGGUGUUUCGCGACUUGGUGGUGUACAUCGCAGGUAGAGUUCGCAUUACGAGGAAAGCUAGAGAAGUAUCUCCUAGUCAGGAAUAUUCCCCCGGGGUUAACGCCCCAGUCGGUGGAAACCAUGUAAUUGAGGGUAACAGAGCCUGUGCCCCUACACAACCCGGAAAGUGCGUUGGUUUGGAGUUCUCAAUACCAUACAUGCCCUCGCCGAAUGAAUUUCCGAGAUUCCAACAGGAGGCCACACCAUCUUCUACCAUUCAGGGGAGCAAGCACAGAUACCCGACGAGACGGCGGUCGGCCCCAUCGCACGUCAAACUCGGUGAGGUGGUCCCGAAACCGGGGCCGAGGAGGAGGAAUUGGUCGAUCCUAAAGAAGAAAGUUACGAGGGUUCCUGAGCCGACAGCGACACCUCUCAACCGUGCACCUCUUCUCUUGCCACCGCCGCCCCCAAUCCCACAACUAGCCCAACAACCCGAGACCCUAUCACCACAAUCCAAACCCCCGCAGUACCCGAAAACCUACUCCUCUCAUCCGGUCUUUGUAACCCGCCUCGCCGAAAAAACGCUCGUGCAACCUGGCUUAACCCUAGUAAAACUUGUUUACGCGAGCGACGCGCAAACACUUGAGGGCUUCUUGCGAAAGGUCCGUCAGAAAUGGUCGCUUCCAGAGGUGAAGGGGGUAAGGGUCGAGGUUGACGGGCAAGCUUUCGAGCUGGAUCUGGAGGAAGAGAGGGAUUGGGAGGUGGUUUUGGAGAUUGUGGGUGAUAUCGUGGGGGUGGUUGUUUGUGGUUAG